GAUUUCUUCGAAUAAAAAGAAGUAUUGAAGGUGUAGUGAGUGACUCAAAACUUUCUCUGGAAUCGCUUUAUUCAUUGUAUACGAUUUAUGGAUAAACGCACAUGUUGUCGUGAGUUCAUCUUCAGUGAUUUCUGUGUCACUGAAGUAAAGUGUAAAUAAAUCAAUUUGAACGUUAUCGACUGUGAUGUUUGCACUGUUGUCUUAUCAAUAAUUCAUUAGCCUUUUUAAAUCUUGACUCAAUCUAUAGGUAGUUGCAAAAUGGUGUCCGAAAUGAAAGUUUAUGCAGGCAUGAAGCCAACUGUCUUCUCCUUUGUUGUGAUUACUUCUAUCAUUUUGGUGCUAGUUAUAAUUGGAAUCAUCGUUAAUAUAUUUGCGUCAAUGCAAACAGCCAGAUUAGUGCUAGUAAUACUUAUCUUUCUGGUUUUGAUUAUUGGUUUGAGCAGUUUCGCAGCAUUCGAGCUCUAUCGUAGAAGGCAUAUAGAAACAGUUGAAAAGAAUGGAAAACUGGCAACUUCAGAACAGCCAAUCCUCCCAAGGCAACCUACCGAAAAUGGAGAUGGUACUUACAGCAGUCGUAACACUUUACAGGUGUAAAUAAGGAGUACUUUCAAUGUAUUUUGUGAUAAAGAUCCUAGGGAUCUUGAAUGUGCUGUGACUUGAAAUGCAAAAAUUUGUAAAUAUGUACAAAUGUUUAUUUUUAAACUAUGUGACGGAAAGUCAAAAAUCACUCUUACAUUCCGCAGAAAAACUCCAAUACCUUCUUAUGUGAUGGAUAUAAAUCUGUGAAGUAUAAAAUUGCUUCGCUUUUUAUAGAAAAAUUAUAUUUUCCAUUGCAAUUUUUAUGCAUGUGUAAAAUUCGACAUCAGUAUUUUGAUUAUUUUAUUUGUCCUAAUUUUGUUAACACGCCGCCAAGCGUUUGACUAAAUGUUAUUGUAGCAGCUAAUUAUGUAUUUAUUGCAGCUAAUCAUCUAUGUUUUUAUUAAAUUUGAGUUGAUCAUUCAUAUGACAAACAAUUUGUAAAUUUGUACUCACUAAGAAAGACAAUUGUGAAUAUAUAGAAAUAAUAAAUUUAAUUUAAGUGGAA